AUGGCAUCACUAAGGCGCUUUCUUCUCGUUCUGUUCGUUUUCUUAAUUAUAGCGAUUAUUACAAUACCAAUUGAAGUAAAUGCUCAAACUCCUAGUAACACAUCGUCAACUCCAGAAGAUGAUACAACAUCUCCAUCCGAACCUACUUCAACAACUACUCCAUCUUCAGGAAAAACAACAGCUACUGAAUCUACAACAGAGGAAACUGUAACUUCGGACGAUCCUUCAACAUCUGGUUCAUCAAAUCCAACUAGCGACAAUAAACCUGAUCCAACCUCCAACUCCAGUUCAGAUGAUCCAACUCAAAGUACACCAAAUGGCAAUGGCAAUACUAGUAGUAGUAAAGCAUUAGGUUCAACAACAACUAAAACUUCAACAUCAGCCGGAAAAGUUAUUACGAUUACAUCAACAGAUACUUCUGAACAAACAUCUUUGGGAGCUGUUCCAUCCACAGUUAAAACACCUAAAAAUGAAAAUAGUAAUAAUAGUAAUUCAAGUGAUUCUGGUUCUAGUGCCAAUGUGGUAACUGCAGCUAUUGUUGUAGGUACUGUUGUUAUUGCUGCUGCAAUCGGAAUAUGGAUAUUUAGAAAAUGGAAACUUACGCCAUCUAGAAACUUUAAAGAAAAGAUUCAACCAGUUUCCUUUGCACCACGUUCCGUGGAAUCAGAUACAGUGUUCUUACGAGAAUUAAAUGAACCUUAA